CGGGCCGUCGCAUCCACCCAAACCCCAUCAGCAAAACGGCGCCAAAAACCAGAGACCUGACGACGACCAUCUCCGCUCCGCCAUGAAGCACCUCCUCCUCCCCUCCUCGCUCCCUCUCCUCCUCCACCGCCCCUCCAAAACCCUCCUCCUGCACGCCCGCCGGUGCGGCUGCAUCCCCAACGCCGCAUCCGACGGCAACGGCGACCCGUCCCCGGUCGCCUCCGAGCCGUCCUCCGCGGACACAGUCAGCCAGCCCUCGACUCCCUCCAGCUCCAAGCCCACCGGCAUCAAGAACCGCCUCAAGACGAGGAAGCAGGCCCGCCGGGUCCAUCUGGAUUCCCCGGCGGCGCCGGUGACCCCGAAGAAGAAGGCCGCAGCGGGGGCGGCGGCUCCGCGGAUUGAGAGGCAGAGGGGGAAGGAGUGGGAGGAGAUGAGCCUGGCCGAGAAGGCCGUGGAGCUGUACGUCGGGGAGAAGGGGCUGCUCUUCUGGCUCAACAAGUUCGCCUACGCCUCCAUCUUCAUCAUGGUCGGCGCCUGGGUCCUGUUCCGCUUCGUCGGGCCGUCGCUCGGACUCUACCAGCUCGACGCGCCACCGCUGCCGCCCACCGCCGUAUUCAGCGGCUAGCUGCUGAGGAGCGCCGGCGAUGUUCUUGCGAAGGGGCAGAUGGGGAAGAGGGGCAUAGAUAAGGUAACUAAAUGUGAUCCUAAACUUCAUGCAGGAUCAAGUGAGCCAUCUUGAUUCUUGACUCAGUGUUAAUCUCAACAGCAUCACGAAAGCUUAAUUAUACAGAAAUUUCAUCACAAAAAACAGUAUGCCUCAAUUGAAUAUUUCUGCUUGCAAAUU